AUGGAGACCUCCCUGAUAGAGGAGCUGAUGCUCGCAGAGGAGUCCGAGUUGCUCAGAAUCGAAGAGCAGAUGGAGAAGGACGAGCAAGAGGAGUGGGAGUAUGAGUACUCGACUACCGAAACCGAGACCUACUACCUCACCAUCGAGCUAUCCUACCCCGAAUUCAAGGACCGCCAAUCCAGAGUUGUCCACCAUAGCAGAGGCGGAUACUAUAAAAACUGGCUGGACCAGAACCUCGCCAAGACCACAGGUGGCCUCGAGAUCGAGGGCGACAACGAUAAUGAUGAGCCUCUUCCGGAGCCGGAGGCCGAUGAUGACGAGCCCGAAAUCGACCCCGAGCUUCUGAACAAGGGAAAGGGGGUGGACCGGGGAGAGGGAGAUGGGGGGCACGAAAACGACAAAGCCCAGGACGACGACGAGCGGACCGAGGAUAUUCAAAUUCUGGAACUGCACUCUAAAAACCCCGUCAUCUCGUACAAGGGCCGUGUGUUUGAGGGUGAAUGGGCGGAAGUCAUAGGAACAGAGGCCAUCUUUGCGAACCACGACAACGGGACCCCCCUGCCUGCGCUGCGCCACCUAGAGAAGAACUUGGACUUGCUCGGAGCCAGUGCCUCUCGUAUCCUGACGACGGAGAAGGUACUGAAACCCAAGAUCCGAACAGAGGAUCCCCUAGCAGCAAUACGAGAGGAGUGGAACAUUCGAAUUCCUGUUGGCAAGGAUCGAACGGGAGAGCGUGCUCAACAAACACGCUUCCUGGAGAAUCUCAUUGCGCUAAAAAAGAAAAAGGGAGAGACGGACCAAGUGACAGUGUACGCAAAAGAUGGAGAGGGCAAGGACUUUAAAGAUACUCGAGACCCCGACUACAAGCCUCGCCGAAGGAGGAGGAUCUUCAAUGAGGAUGGAGAGGAGGUCAUACCACUGCGAGAGCGUCGGCGGGGAGGACGACGAAUCGGCCGACCUCGCGGUCGAGGACGCGGUCGUGGAGGCGUAGCAGCGACACCAACGACAGAUGUUAGCAGCACAGCCACUGGAACUGGUGUCCUGUCGACACCGACUCCGGGAAGAUGGGACGAACUCGACGAGAGAGAGGACGACGACGAUGACGAGGACGAUGAUGAAGAGGGGGAUGAGGAGAUGGACGAUGGCAGCGACUCGGACGAGGUCGAGAACAUGUCGAUGAUGGAUUAA